AUGCAGUUUGGGCCCAAGGCAAUGGCGCUUUUGCUGCAGCACGACAAUCUGCAGCUGGAUGAAACUCAAAUUUAUUUUGCUGCUGCUGCUUGGCUGCAGCAGCACAUCGAGGCUUUCGCAGACACUGCAGACGCCGCCGUCCUCACCGCAGACGCACAGGCCAUCUACCGCGGCAUUCGCUUCUGCAGCAUGUCUCCGCAGCAGCUGGAGAGGAUUCGGGAGCCGGACUUGGAAAGCAUUUUGUUGAGCGCCUGCUUUCGAAAGUUCGCACACCAAGAAUUCAGACCCAGAAGCUUCCUUUGGAAAGAAAACAGCGAAUAUGAAACUUCAGGAGGAGGUUCUUUAUUUCCCUCUGAAGUGACUCGGGUUUGCAUGCGCAGCAGCAGCAGCAGCAGCAGCAGCAGCAGCAGCAGCAGCAGCAGCUGCAGCAGCUGCUGGGCCUGGACUUUGGGGUCUCCCAGGUAUAUAAAUGAAGCUCUUUUUGCUGCUGAAGUUAUAAAAACAAAAAAAGGAAAUUUCAGAAUUGGAAUUGCCACAGAUGACCCGCACGGCCCCGGCAAUUUGGUCUGCUACUUCGACCCCGAAAUUAAAGCCUUCGUCACCGCCAACAUCGGCACAGACCCUCUCUUGAAGGCUUCCUUUUUGCUGCCCCACAGAGUCCCCGUAGUAAGCAGCAGCAGCAGCAGCAGCAGCAGCAGCAGCAGCAGCAGAGCAGCAGCAGCAGAGCAGCAGCAGCAGCAGAGCAGCAGCACUGGUAAAAGCUGUUCUGUAGCAGCAGCAGCUGCUGCUGCUGCAGAAACGUGGCUGCAGUAG